ACUGUCCGGCCGGGGGCGGAUGGAGGAAGGUCGUAGGACUCGUAGCACAUAUCCUCAAAAGGGGGCGCACCCGAUCCCUCGAUCGCCGUCGCCCCUCAACCUAUCCUCAAAAGGAAAGCUACCACACACAAUACUGCACCUCUCAUUGAGACGAAGGAGGUGGCACUGAUGUCAGGAAAUCAACUCCCGUCUAGAGACCAGCAACGUUAUUCUUGAUGGCAAUUCAUUAGGCGUACUGUUCGACUAGUCUUAUGAAUUGGAGGGAUGCUGUUGUGGAUGACUGCUGAAGUGUGAAUAAUUUUUGAACUCAAGAUGAGUACAAAAUUAUUUGUUACAUGUGGCCGAGGUUUGGGCACUUUUGCUGCACAAGAGAUUCGUGAACAAGUUCCUAAUGUUUGUGAUAUUCAGUCACUGGGGGAAGGCAAGCUGUCAUUCACCAUCAAUCACGCAACUGGUGGGCUGCAGCAAAACAUAAAGGCCCGUGAAGAUGAGAGCAAUACAGAAGGGGAAAAGGCAACAACUGAUGAUUGCAACAAAGCAGGAGAUCGUGGCAAAUUUUGUUCAAAUGUUAAGAGUCAAGAAGAAGAAGAAGCAGACUUCGUUCAUAUCACAUCACCAGUAUUUAAGCUGAAAAUGGUGGAGAGAAUCUUCAUGUUGCUGCAUUGUGAACAGAUUAACACUGCUGUUUCAUCUGGUCAUAGUAAUGACAUACCCAAUGAACCGAUUUCAGAUCUGAAUAUGAGACAAAAUGCAGAGGAGCAUUCAAUAGAAACAAAAGUACACUACUCGGAGGAAAUGUGUUGUGUGAAAUUGCAGAAUCCUGAGGUUAGGUCAGAUGGCAAGAAAACUUUAAAUCAAGAUUCAAGAUCUAAGAAGAUCAUCUUAAAAGAAUAUGAGAAAAAAUUGAUGGACAUUGUGAAGAAAUGUGAAUGGGCAAAUAUAGCAAGGAGAGUGAAGGCCCUGAAGGACUUCCAUCACUAUGUAGCUGGAAAUCGUGUACUCUGCAAGAAUCCCAACACCUGCCCUGGAUCUCUUAAUAGGAAAUGUGACAAACAGCAGUUGCAGCAGAAGCGCGAAUCUGCUUUAAUUUCCUCUAACUUAAAGAAGAAUUGCCAGAAUAGAAGUGUUGCUCGAAAGAGAGAUUUCAGCUUGAAUACCCGAGACAAAUCUUACAGAAGUAAUUCGAAAAGAAGAAGAUUGACUAGUAGUGAUCGAGUAUCUAGUAUAUAUGUUAGUGGUAAAAGAAAAAUCAUGUUAGAACAUACUACAAGUGAGUCUAAUAGCAUUAUUACAGAAAAUGAAGAAUUAGAUUUUAAAGACAGAAUGUUACUUAAUAUAUCUGAAAAAAAUGAGCAACUGCCAGAUAGAAAUAUAUCACUUGAAAAAGAGCAGAUUUCUAUAAAUGCAGAAUACUCUAACAACAUUAAUCUACAGGCUAAAGAGAUAUCUAAGCUUAUUCCAGCACAUAAUAAUGGAAAACCAGCAGAAGUGAAAACCUCAACAAAUGCAACGCUCGCACCAUUAACAGGAAACGAAAUCACUUUUAAUGUUUUAAAAUCUCCAGAUUUGGCCGAUGCUUCACUGAAAGAGAUCAGCCCAGAUCAACAUAAGAAAACAAGCGAUAACGAAGAAACAGUGAGUUUCAGGGUGUCGUGCCGGGUCUCUGGUCCACAUAAGACUGUACUAACUACUGAUUGGCUUACAACGACCUUUGUGCACCAGUUAAAUCAGGUGAUGAUGAGCUGGACCAAAAAUUGGAGAGAGCCUGUAAUGGAUUUUUAUGUGAAUAUUACAGAUUCACAUUUUAUUUUAGGUGUCUCGCUGGCGCACAAGACACUCUCUUUACGGCAUUACAUUCCACACCUCACGCUUCGCUCUACAAUCUGCUACCUGAUGGCCAGACUGUCUCAAGUAUCCCCUGGUUGUGUACUCCUGGACCCAAUGUGUGGAGGGGGAACCAUUCUGUUGGAGGCAGCUACAAACUUUGAGGUUAUUCAUGUUAUAGGAAGUGACUUGAGUACAGAGCAGCUAGAGGUAUCUAGAUGUAACCUCCGUGGUCUCGGUAUCCCCGUUAGUCUCCUACACGCUGAUGCUACUGCACUGCCACUGCAGAGUGCAUCUGUCAAUGUUGUGCUGUGUGACUUCCCAUUUGGUCAAAAGCACAAGUCCGCUGUGGAUAUUACAAAGCUGUUAAGAGGAGUUAUCCUGGAGUGUCAGAGGGUUCUUGUGCAUGGUGGAAGGGGAGCGUUUCUGUUGUCCAGACACCAGCACCAUCUCCUUUCUCAAGCUGCUCACAUGGACUCUACCGGCCAAGCACAAGAGCUGCUGCUGACAGUGGAAAGUGUUCACUCUGUGUCUCUGGGAGAGACGUCUGCCUGCCUCACCGUGCUGCUCAAGAACCAUCACUAGCUCUCACUCGCUCCUCCAAAUUAUUCAUCGUUUCCCUGGUCGACAUACAGAGUACCAAGACACUGGACUACAUGUACUUUUGGAACCACCACCUGAAAGAUCAGUAAAAUUAGGGAUUCUCAAGUGUUCAGUAAUUCACAUUCAAAAUUGUGAACAUUUUUUUUUUCCAUCUUAAAGCAUUAAUGUACAGCUAGAGAAAUUUUUCAAUGUAAUUUUGGUACAGACUUUACUAAAAUAAAAUUGUGUAAAUGUAA